AGAAACUAUUUUACGCCCGUAGUCUCUGUAAACAAAGAUGGCGAACCACUACGAAAUUCCGAAGUGGGCAGGAAAACCACCUGUGGGUUUGCACUUAGAUGUUGCAAAAGGAGAUAAGCUUAUACAGAAACUGAUGAUUGAUGAGAAGAAGUGUUAUCUCUUUGGUAGAAAUCCCCAACUAAAUGACUUUUGCAUUGAUCAUGCAUCCUGCUCGAGAGUCCACUGUUCCCUUGUUUAUCAUAAACACCUCAACAUGGCCUUCCUGGUUGACCUUGGAAGCACUCAUGGAACAUACAUAGGAAAUAUCCGAUUGGAGGGCAACAAGCCAACGCAGCUUCCAGUAAAUUCCACCUUCCAUUUUGGAGCUUCAACUAGAAUGUACACUCUGCGUGAGAGACCACAGACAGCACCAAAGCCAGUAAUGGAAGAGCUAGAGAGAAUGACUGAAGACAGCGAUGGAGGUUUGCUGGGUUUGCCAGAAACUGAAACAGAAUUGGAUAAUCUCACAGAAUUUAAUACUGCACAUAAUAGACGUAUAUCAAUGUUGGGCAUUGGGGAGGACGAACCUAAACAGAGAGGUCGUAAACGGCACAAAUUUAAUGUCAGUUUUAAAGAUGAAGAGGAUGUGAUUAACCCUGAAGAUGUUGAUCCAAGUGUUGGAAGAUUUAGAAAUCUGGUCCAAACUACAGUGGUGCCUUCAAAAAAAAGAAGACUGGACAUUGGCGGUCUUGUUUCCAGCAGCAGUGGACGUGAUGAAGGGUUAAGUAGAGGUAUGAUGCAGUUUCAGCGAAAUGAUAAUCUGUACGGAGACCUUCCUCCUGAGCAGCAUGGGCACGGGGGGUCACAUCACUCCAUGUUCUCCUCUCUACUGUCUUCCAAGCUUGGUUUGCCUCUUCCAAACCCUGCUCCAGAGGUCAGUGUUGAUAUGGUUGAACUGGCUCCUCCUGAACCAGUUGCCCCAGAGGUGCCUGCACAUCUCCAAGUGGCUGUUGAUCCCGACGAGCCCAAGAAGAAGAAGUAUGCCAAGGAGGCUUGGCCGGGAAAGAAGCCCACACCUUCUCUUCUUGUUUAGCCACCUUUGGCUGUCAGAGUAUGAUCACACUUUUAUAGUACCUUGUCUGAAAACAGUGGCAUUAGACCUCAUGUGUUGGGUCUUGAUUCAAACAUAUCCUUCAUAUGGAUUUGUAUUUUUAUAAAGUGUGAAUGGUUCUUAUGACUGAAAUUGUAGCAUAAAUCUUAUUACUGUAAACUUUGUGUGUGUGAUAUAGAGGUUUAUGACAUAUAGGAGAGUUUUUGAAUAGUGAUAAUAAGAGGUGCAGUAGACUUUCAUUAGUCUUAAUAGUACUGAGCUGAAUCAUUGAUUUGUCUGUUAUGGAUACUGAUAUGGUCUUUUUAAUAUUUCACUACAACAGUUCCCUCCAAUACUGAUCAUCCAGAAGAUGGUCAUUAUUGUUUCUAAUUUGUUAAAAUGUCUAAAGGUAGUAGUAUAAACACAUUGUAGUCUUAGUAUGUUUACCACUAAAGUACCCCCCAUCCAAGAGUAAUCUAAAUUUGAUGUAGCAAAGCUAAAACAAUACAGGACCAUGUACCUUUGCCAGGCAUCAUGUCAUUGAGUUUUUCUCUUACUUAUCCAAAGUUUAGACUAAUUAAAAUAUAUUUCAGUAAAGUGACUUUUGUUUGCCCUAUGAUUGAUUUUAUUGUCAGUACAGUAUUAAAUUCUGAUUAUGGCAUAAUAUAUAGUUUAAAGAAUGCAUGGAUAAUUUUUUGUAUUGUGUAGCAGCUAUAAAGGAGCAAAACAGAAGUAAGAAAAGGGACGUUUUGGAAAAUUCUAACAAUGUUAUGCUUCAGAAAUUCUGAAGAAGUAGAUUUGAACUCUUUAGAAUGCUAGUCAGUUCAAUAAGAUAUCACUUGACUUUCCCUAAUCUGCAUUAUUUUGUGGUAGCUACACAACAGGGACAUGGUUAAUAAUGAAGUGCUUAGAUAUACUUUACUGUAUGGCAAAUGAUCAAGGAAGAUAGAACAGGUAUUUUUCAGUUCUAUUAUAUAUUUUGUGACUAGUACAAGAUGUACUAAUUGUUCAUGAAUUUUAAGAAAAUUAAAAGCUGUUGAACAUGGUAAGUGAAUGUGAUGUACAAAAUUCAUAAUUAUUUUCUCAUUGCUAUAGUUUUUGACUAAAAAAUACUGUAAAUAAAAUGGAAAUUACAUUGAAACUGCAGGAAGAGACAACCAUGGAUUAUUUAGAGUAGCCAGAUCUGAAGAAAGCAAAAUCUACUCUAUGAAUGGCAUCAGACUUAAUGGGGACGGGUUUCAUUGUCAGGGGUCAGUGGUGUAGUAUGUAACCAAAAGGACUAUUCUGAUGCAGAAGUGUGUUCACUUUUCUUCAUUUUGUGUUCAUGCUGCUAAAUGUAAUUCAUAUUCAGAGUGCUAGAAUAAUUUUGAAUUUGAAAGUGAUGGUAUUUUAUGAGCAUUAUUUUUAAGGCAUAAUCCUCACUCUGUAACAUAACUGGUUCUGUUAAUACAUUCAAUUUUGUAGAUUCUGUUACAACCGUAGGAUAUUUCUCAAGCUUUUUCUUGCAAGGUAUGAAAUCCCUCUUAUACUAGAAGCUAUGUAUGGAAUUAGGAACCACAUAUGCUGUCUCCUUGGAGAUAAAGGGUGAAAAAAGAAUAUGCAAUUGAACACCUUCAAAUUAUGCUUGUCAAUAAUUCUGCUUUCUGAUGAAGCUAUGCUUUACUGAAUUAAAUCGUUAAUUUGCCAUAUGAUGCAUCUUACUUACCAGCAUUUUCCAUUUUACUUACAGCAAAACAAAUUGAAUAUUAUUUUAAGUGUAUUUUUUUUUCACCUUUAAAUAUUCUAAAUACAGACUCUGUCAAGUGGUAUUUUGCUGUGCCUGAAAUUUGAUGAAAUUUUAAUUAAACUGUUGUAUAUGAUAACCUAUGGGUUAGUCAGUUUACAGGAGACUUUAGCCAAUUCUCAAAACUACCAGUAAGUUAGAUUAUAACUUUAUGUGCAAAGCAUGUUACUGUUGUAAAUGCUAAUAUAUAGAGAAUCAGGAAGAGAUGUGAUAGUUAAACGUGACAGGAUUUAGGGCAAUUAUGAGCACAAGAGAGUGCAAUGAAACUGCUAAUGUGUGCCUAAUGAUUUAUUAAGAUUUGGCUAAGAGCCAAUUUGAUUUUUUUGAUUUCCAGUUGGUAAGACAUCCUUGUUAUGAGCCACAAAACUUCUGUAAAAAAUUAUGCAGAAGUAUUUGUAACCUUGAGAACUAAGUAAAAAAACAAUAUGAUUAAUUGGCAUAUCAAGCAAUUUACAAAAUAUGUUAUUAUAGAUCAGAAUUUUGUUUCCCAUCUGCAGAUAAGGUUGAUAUGAGAGUGCUGGUGAUCCUGAAAAAAGAAAUAAAUGAAUAACUCUGUACUUUCUGUGGCUUAGGCUUAUAUCAUGCAAUGCAUUGGGCAAUAAAAGCAGUAUAUGUUAUAUUACUGUUAGGUAUUUAUUUUGAUUGUUGCAAAAUAUGCCUUACCAUCAUGUACAUGUUCCACACCCAAUAAAAUGUGACUUUUGUU